CUCAUUGUUGCGUGGACUAGUAGACAAACAAGCACUGAGGAGUCGUUUCCUCUCGAGCAACAUUCUUUUGUUUCGCAGAACCAUGCCUUUUCGUUCUUUUCAUUUGCGCAGAAAGGACAAUAUUUGACGCGUUGUUACCGAUUGCCUUCUCGGCGUUCCCCGUGGCUCUUCGGUGGAAUUCGGCUCCCGUCGUGCAGUUCGCCGGAGGAAUGGACGAAGCGGAGUCAGCCACGAAGGCGCUCGGGCUGGAUGAACCGCCCCAACGGGCGGGCUCGGAUACGGAGUCGGAGGCCGAAGUCUCCACGAUGGCCGUGAUGGCGGCGCCGGGAAACAUCGACAUGGGAGCCGAAGCGAUGCCGAACGCCGACGAGUCCGAGUCUGCUUUCCCAGAGGUGUCAACAGUAGCGGUGGAAGACGUUCAGACUACAGACAACAGUGUUUUUAACAGCCCUGUGGACUCAGUGGAAACCCUUCCAGAACAUAGUGGAAGGAGCAAUAUUGAGCUUGGUGAGGGUCUGAGUAGCCAGAAGACAACACUGAUGGUUGUCCACACUGACUCGAAUAUUGUAGAAGACAGACUCAAGUCUACCUCUGCCAUCUCAACAGGACUGGUGACUCCACCCAACCUGCUGACUCCUCCACAGGACAAAGACCCCAACUCCAAAUACAACUGGGAUCCAUCUGUAUACAACAAUGAGCUGCCGGUGCGAUGUCGCAAUUCCAGCGGCAUCCUUUUCAAGAACCGUCUUGGCUCAGGGGGUAAAGGCCGCUGCAUCAAACACAAUCAACAGUGGUUGACGCCCACAGAGUUUGAGGGCUUGGCUGGUCGCGCCAGCAGCAAAGACUGGAAGAGGAGCAUCCGAUAUGCAGGAAGGCCUCUGCUCUGCCUCAUACAGGAUCGCAUCCUGAACCCUCACGCUGCCUCGUGCACAUGUGCAGCCUGCUCUGACAGCAUGACCUUGGAUGGGGACUCCCUGGAAGACGAAAACAUCACAAUGAACGGACCAGUACGUCUCUUUGUCCCGUACAAGAGGAGGCGGAAGGAGACAGAUCCAGCACCCGUUCCCAUCAAAAAAGAUAUUCCAGCCAGCAAAAACAUCACAUUGACCCCGGGAACCACUUUCACAGUGUCACCCGUCGGUCAGAUCACUCCAUCGGGCACGUUGUCAUUUGAGCGCUCGCCCUCUGGCGACGCAGCCACCAUCAUCUCGGACGCCUCUGCACAAAGCGAGGUGUACACGGACACAUCAGUGUUGACAGCCUUGCCGGCAUUGGCACUGUCUCCCCAGGCUAAGAUGGCGGUGGCAUCCCCCUCAGCCUCACUGAUGGGUACGCUGGAAGUGAGGCCAAUAGUUGGACCGGUGGCCGGGGCAACCGUGGCAGUGGGGCCCCCGCUCUUGAGCGAGAGCCCAAAGAACACCUGGCUAUACCUGGAGGAGAUGGCCAAUACCCUCAUGAGCAACGUGCAGAAUCUCAAAGCCCUGAUUGAACAGGCCAAGAAGGAGAAUAGAGUACACAAGGAAUGUGCUGUCAGUCAGUCCUUCCAGAACCAGAUCACAUUCCAGACGCCAGAUGAUUCGCAAGCUAAACGGAGCACUGACAUAACAGAGGUCAUCCUCAAUAUGUGUGAGAACUGUGGCCGCUUAGCUCAAAACGAGUGCACGGGCUGCCGUAAAGUCAACUACUGCUCGACUUUCUGUCAGAGGAAGGACUGGAGAGAGCAUCAAAAUGCCUGCUGUCAAUCAGGAGGUGGCGGGGUCAUCCCAGAGGACGAGCCAAUGGCAUCAGUCGGCAUGGACAAAGUUAAAUAAAAAGGCGUGGUAGGACCUGUCCGUUAAUGAUGACGAAUUAGUCAUGUAAUGGAAGACAUCUACAAUUAGACAUCUAAGAUGUCUAUCAAUGAAAACAGACAAAUCUUUAUUUUUAUGAAAUUCUUCAGUGACUUAAAGUUUAGCAGUCAUGUUUUAUGAAGAAUAAUUAACAUGAUUAUAUUAUUAAAUUCUUUUUUUAUUCAGUUUCUUACCAGAGUGACUUUUUUCCUCCCCUAAAUCAGGCGAUUUACUUUCAGUGUAUUUCCAGGAUUGAGGGUAUAAAAAGCUUAACGGAAAAUAAAUUCUAUUGAACACAUAGUUGUUUAAGGAAAAAAAUCUUAAUUUAUUUUGGCUCUGAUUGAAUAUAAUUUAAUUGCAACUAAUGGACAUCUCCACUUCAAUUUGUAAUUAGGACAUUGAUAUUUAUAUUUUGUAUGAAAACAUCGACAAUAAAAUAAAUCUAAAAU